CCGGCAUUAGUGCGCUGGUGCUGCAGGGAGGUCAUCCUGUCUCCGCUGUCUCUCCCUGGCAGGUACGCCCUGCCCGCCAGAGGGGGCGUUCCACGGUGCACGGCUGAAAUAGAGAUGGCCAGUGGCAUGGAACGAUGGCACGAGAGCCCCCCACUGCACCCUGUGCUGCAGGUGGAGUUGGGACCCAUCUUCCUGGGAGGGGUCCCAGCUCAGUCCUGGCUGCGUAACCACAGGGGGGCCACCGGCUUUUUUGGCUGCAUCGGAGUGCUGCAGGUGAACGACAGGGAGGUGCCCCUUGUCAAGGAGGCCGUGAAGGGGAGGAACAUCAGAAACUGUGUCUCCUCCCCCUGCCAGCAGCGCCCGUGUCGCAACGGAGGCGCCUGUGUCAGGCUUUCUGUGGAGCACUGGGUCACAUCAGAGUUCUCGUAGUCCUCAGUCUUCCUGAGGGAAGUCACCAGUGACAACCAGUCUACAGUGCCAGCAG